AUGUGUGUACGAGUAUACUACAAUAUCGGCAUAAACGCUUUGAAAAGGGAAUACAACUGCAACAAAAUUCUGAACAAUGAAAAAUUAAGGAGACGAAUGAUAAGGAAACCAAGCCUCACAGAAAAUCAAAUUCAAGACUGCCUAUGGGGACUAAAGACAUACAACUACGGAAAAUUCGACAAGGAACUUCUUUUGAUUAACCCGAGAGUGGAGAUCCUGCAAUCGAAGAAGUCGUCCAGCGUGCUAUUCAAUAAGAAUCCAUUUGCCCUUGUGGUUAACGGCUACUUCGAAUGGAUAGACAUCAGGGGCUCCUCAAAAAGAAUCCCAUAUUUUGUAUUUUCUGGAGAGGAUGACAAUUCUUCUGAACGAGCAACCGAAGGAAAACUCAAAACGAAUAUUGAAGAAUUAGCUGUGCAAAAAACGGAAGAAAAAAGCGAAGAAAAAAAUUUCCCCAGAAUAAAGGCAGAGGGAGUGACCAUUAGAAUUAGGGUAAAGAAAGAAAUAUAG